AUGCCGACGGCCCAUCCUUCGAGCCUACUCUGGAGGCCCCAGAUCGUGUUCCCCCCGGGCGCCUCUCCUUGCAGUCCGACCUCGACUACUUCCGUGUCCUCGGGUGCCGCCACGGCCUUGGUGUUAAUCCUCGACACGACGAGGUUCCAGUUGCUGGUAUGGGACCCCGUCACCGGCCACCAGCACCGCGUAUCCAUUCCCACGGGAUUCGAUCGGUUCAGGUCAGUGAUCUGCGGGGCGGUGCUCCGCGCUGCUCCCGGGGACGUCCACUUCCAGAUCGUCUUGGUAACAGACGACCACGAGAUGGAAGAAUGGCGAGCGCUGGCCUGCGUUUACUCUUCCAAGACCGAGGCGUGGGGCAAUCUCAUCCCAACACCGAUUCCAUCCGGGACCUUGGUUUCUAUUGAUGUGUUGGGUGUGCUGGUUGGGCAUUCCAUUUACUCGAUGCUUUAUGGUACUUCGUCAAAUAUCCUUCAGUUUGAUUUGGAGGGGGAGAGCCUGGCCGUGAUACCGGUGCCAGUGAAUAUGUCUGAUUUUGAUGGCUUCACACUCAUGCGGGCAGAGGAUGGUGAGCUGAGUUUACUCUCCUUGUCAGGCUUCACCGCCCAAUUAUGGAAGAGGAACACCAUCACAGAUGGUGUUCCAUCGUGGGGGAUAGUAAGAACUGUUGAAUUGGACAAGCUACUAUCCUUGGAUUCAGAGGGGUAUGUAACCACACAUGGCUUUGCUGAGGAUAAUAAUUUGGUGAUCCUGCGGGUCAAUAUCAACAUCAUCUCCACUGUCCAGAUUGAGUCACUACAGUUCAAGAAAGUUUCCGACAACAGCAAAUGGUACUAUUAUCCAUUUGAAAGUGUCUAUGCUGCAGGUAUCUAG